CACAAUGAUCACGUUGCAGGUGCGCUGUGAUCGAUGGGCUUGCUCUGUCUCCAGUCUAUCAACAGGCUGCUGUUCAUACACGUUUGGCUGCAAGUCUGUGAUGCAGUUACAGUGCCCCCGUCUCCAGUGACGUCACCUCCAUGCAGUGAUGUCAUUCUCAGCUGCUCUUUCUCCUAUAAAGAGGGGGCUGAUCUCAGAGGAUUGGUGGUUACCUGGCAACGCCCUCCUGCCGAUCAUGUGGUCCACAGUUUCUAUUAUGGUCGAGACCAGCUGGAUCUGCAGAAUGAAGCCUACAGGAAUCGGACCCAGCUGUUCCCAGAGCAGCUCAGUGUGGGGAACGCCUCCCUCAGACUGAAACAGGUGCGGGGGGAGGAUGAGGGCCUGUACACCUGCGCUGUCGCCAACCAAGUGGAGAGCACCAGGGGAGACGUGCAGCUCCUAGUGGCAGGUCAGUGUCAUCGGGGAGACGUGCAGCUCCUAGUGGCAGCUGAAUUCGUCGAGCCUCAGCUGGUCGUUACUGACAGUCCGGACAGCCCCGACCAGGCUCUCCUGAGCUGCAUCUCGAGAGGAUACCCCAGCGCUUCAGUGCAGUGGCUCAAUGAGACCGGCUGUGACAUCACAGAGAGCAGCAAGACUAGCCAAUCGCUGGACAGGGAUGGGCUGGUGGAAAUCUCAAGUCACAUUCUAGUGUCCAGGGAUGCUAAUUAUACCUGUGUUCUUACCCACAGCCGACUGAAACAAACAGUCAAGAAGACGAUCACUUUAACAAAGAAGGGUUAUCCGGAAAGACAUCGCAUUGUCUUGUGGGUCGUCUUCACAGUGAUAGCAACGAUGAUCAUUGUAAUCUACCUGCUUUUCAAGCACCGCCGUGCUACCGGCACACCAGCAGGUAGUGGAGAACAUGCCCUGUUCGGUAGAAUGGCUUCCAGGAGUCCAUCACACGUGUAG